AUGCACCAUGGAGAAAUUUUCUUUAUGAUAACAAGUUUCCUGAACACAGCACCAAUUUCAGAUGAAAACCUUACAGUGACUGAUACCACAUUUGUCGGAGUUCCAGUACGGUUAUAUAUGCCAACAAAGAAGCUGGAUGGGCUGAAGAGAGCUGUGAUUUAUAUUCAUGGUGGUGCAGCUUCCUUUGGAAGUGCUGCAAUGCUGCCUUAUGACUCGUUGACAAGAAGAAUAGCGAGUGAACUGGAUGCUGUUGUUGUGUCAUCUGACUACAGACUUGCUCCUAAAUACCAUUUUCCAGUUCAACUGGAAGAUGUCUACAAUGUAGUGAAGUUUUUUCUACAGGAUGAAAUUCUGGCAAAAUAUGGUGUGGACCCCACUAGAGUAGGCAUUUCAGGAGACAGUGUUGGAGGGACAGCAGCAGCUUCUGUGACCCAAAUGGUGAUGGUCGAUCCUGAAGUCAAAAAUAAAUUCAGAAUGCAAGCUUUAAUUUACCCAUUUUUACAAACAAUUGAUACAAACUUACCAUCCCAUAGGGAAAAUGAACAUGGGAUUUUAUUGACAAAGGCCAUAUUAUUGAAAUUUUUGAGUAAUGGAUUUACCAGUAAUAAGACCCUUGAGCAGGCUUUAGUAACUAAUCAAUACAUACCUGCCAAAUUUAGCCAUCUUUUCAAGUUUGUCAACUGGAGUCUUCUGCUUCCUGAGAAAUUUAAAAAAAGACACGUUUAUACCAACCCCAUUUAUGGAAGUUCCAAGAUAGUGGAAAAAUUUCCAGGGAUUGUGGAUUCCAGAGCCUCCCCUUUAUUGGCUGAUGAUUCAACAUUGUGCAAACUUCCAUUAACUUACAUUCUCACCUGUGAACAUGAUGUCUUAAGGGAUGAGGCGUUCAUGUAUGUUUCUCGCCUACGUAGCAAUGGAGUCAAAGUCAUCCAUGAUCACCUUGAAGGUGGAUUUCAUGCAUUGCUCUUCUUCACAACACCUCCAGUUACUUUACGUAUUAGCUUUGAGUUAGUAAAUCUAUACCUUCAUGGACUAAAUGAGAAUUUAUAA